UGAGUCUUUUAACCAAUUAGCACAUAUAUAUGAACGAGUAUAUGAAACUAAGUCAAAAUUUUUUAUAGAGCUAGCAAAUUUAAUUUUGUCAAUUAUUUCAUUCACUAUAUAGUCAUGCCUAGUGGUAGUACUAGUAGAGACCCUCUUGUUGUUGGGGGUGUAAUUGGUGAUGUAUUGGACCUCUUUCAAACUUCUAUUCCUAUAAGAGUCACAUAUAAUGGUAAAGAUGUUACCAAUGGUUGUGAAUUCAAACCUUCACAAGUUGUUAAUCAACCAAGAGUUAGUGUUGGUGGAGAUGACCUCAGAAACUUCUACACACUGAUCAUGGUGGAUCCAGAUGCACCAAGCCCUAGCAAUCCAAAUUUGAGAGAGUAUCUUCAUUGGUUGGUGACUGAUAUUCCUGCAACUACUGGACCUACUUUUGGUAAUGAGGUUGUAACUUACGAAAAUCCGCGGCCAUUUAUGGGAAUUCAUCGAAUAAUCUUCGUGGUUUUUCAACAACUUGGUAGAGAGACUGUGUAUGCUCCGGGAUGGCGCCAAAAUUUCAACACAAGAGAAUUUGCAGAACUUUACAAUUUGGGAUUACCAGUUUCUUCUGUUUAUUAUAACAUUCAAAGGGAAGCUGGCUCUGGUGGAAGAAGGUGCAAAUAUGAAGGAAUAGAAAAUCCAACAAAUUUGGAACAAUCGAACGGCUCAAAACGCUCCGCUUCGAAGCCAGAUCCAAAUUCUUCAACGAGGUCGAAACGCUUCGCUGCAUUACGGUCGUAUCGGCCUCUUCGGAUCGGCAAUUCAAUGACGGAGAGAAGAGCGUUCAUCUUCAAAGACAGAGUUGAAGAUGGUGCUGCUUUGCAAUCUGGAAACUGACACUGUUUUUAUUCUGUACUAUGCAAUUUAUUUAGAUUAAAUCUUUUUUUUAUUAAUGUCUAUAAACUCUGAAAUUAGUAUUUUAGGACAUUUCACUAUUGCAUAUGCUACUCUUUAUCGA